GAAGGAUAUAUAAAUAGAAAAACUUUUUACGGAAGAACCAUUGCUUGAUUGUUUGUUGAUCGGUAAAGUUUCAAAUUUGAUGACAACAUGGCAACUCAAGGAGUUUGUCCGAACCCAUUUAACGGUGGGAUUCCCAUGAUUAAUGUGUGCCCAACAACAAUAGCUUCAUUCGCAUUUCUCGUGAAUGCAAUGAAUGACAUUAUCCGUACGAGUGAAUCAAUUGGAGACUCUUGUGGUCGUGUUACACCAAAGACAAGAUCAAGACUGAUUUACGACUUUAUCGUAGUCGGAAGUGGUGCUGCUGGUAGUGCAAUUGCAGCGAGAUUAAGUGAAGUAUCAGAUUGGAGGGUAUUACUUCUGGAAGCUGGUCCGGAUGAACCAAAUGCAGCGGAAAUUCCAUCAAACUUCGGAAUUUAUAUCGGCAGCGAUAUUGAUUGGAAAUAUAAAACGUCUAAUGAGUCGUAUGCUUGUUUGGCGAACAAUGGGUCGUGUUAUUGGCCCCGUGGACGUAAUCUCGGUGGUACUACGGUGCAUCAUGGAAUGGCUUAUCAUCGGGGUAAUCCCAGGGAUUAUGAGAAUUGGGUUGAUAUGGGUAAUGAGGGGUGGGGAUGGGACGAUGUGCUUCCGUUCUUCAUAAAAUCUGAAAAUAACACAGAAACUGAUAGAGUGGGAACCAAAUUGCAUGGAGUCGGUGGACCUAUGACUGUUCAACGUUUUCCCUAUCAACCAGAAUUCGCCCAGUCCAUUUACAAAGCUGCUCAGCAGACGGGUUACGGGAUCAUUGAAGAUUUAGUUGGCGAGAAAUACGUGGGCUUCAACAUCGCUCAAACAAUGAGCAAGGAUGGAGUGAGACAAAGCGCAGCAUCAGCUUUCCUUAGACCAGCUAGAAAUCGAAAAAAUUUGGACAUCGUUGUCAAUGCGACUGUCACUAAAUUACGAACAGUGAAAACUAGAGUCACUGGUGUGGAGUAUGUCAAGGAUGGAAAACGCCAUAGCGUAUUGGCCAAACGUGAGGUUGUACUCUCUGCUGGAACUGUCGGUUCUCCCCAACUACUUCUUCUAUCCGGAAUUGGUCCAAAGGAGGAGCUGCAGGCCAAAGGCAUCCCAGUGGUACUUGACUUGCCCGGAGUUGGAAAAAAUCUUCACAAUCAUGUAUCCUACAGCAUUGAUUUUACCCUGCCCGAGGUCAAAGCCAGUGGUUACACUCCAGACAACAUUGCUACUUAUUUGUACAAUCAAACUGGGCCAAUGUCCUCCUCUGGAUUGGCACAAGUGACAGCGAUUUUAGCGUCUCAAUACACAACACCGGAUUAUCCUGAUAUACAAAUAUUUUUCUCCGGGUAUCAGGCGUCUUGUCGGCAACAAGGUGAUGUAGAUUUACUAUCCAUCGGGGAUAAAAGGACUGUACGAUUUACCGCUGUAAAUUUGCAUGCGCAGAGUCGGGGAGCGAUAACUCUAGCCUCAUCAAAUGGUCUGGACCAUCCCAUAAUUUGGAGUAAUGACCUCGCUGAGCCUAGGGAUGUUGACGUACUGGUAGCAGGACUCCAAGUUCUACUCAAACUAGCUAAUUCCAAGGCAAUGAAGUCACUGGGACUGAAGGUUGGAGAUAAACCACUACCGCAGUGCAGUCAAUACAAAUACCUUACAGAUUCAUACUUCAGAUGUGCUGUGCACAUAAAUACAAGGACGGAGAAUCAUCAAACGGGUACAUGCAAGAUGGGACCAGCGUCAGAUCCUUUGGCUGUUGUUGAUUCACAACUUCGGGUAUACGGAAUUCAGGGACUGCGCGUUGCUGACGCAUCCGCUCAACCAAAAGUUGUUUCUGGUAAUCCUCACGCAUCUGUUACGAUGAUGGGCGAAAGAGCUGCAGAUUUCAUUAAGAAAACAUACUUGAAGGCGAACGGAGUCAACAAUUUUUUGGCGAACGCUGGAAAUGAUGAGUAUGAAAGCCGUGGAAGUCAAUCAUCUCAAGAUGAUGGAGGUGAAUCUUCCGAGAAUGAAGCUGGUGAACACUCGAAUGAGGGGAACGAAUCAUCUGAGGUUACAGCAGCUGAAUCGAUUGAACCCAAUGAACGUAAGUCUUCCGAAAAUGAAGUAGUCGAAUCAACUAAAAAUUCUGUAAAUAAAUCUUGCGAUAAUGUAGAGGCCGAAUCGUCUAACAAUGAUGACAACGCGGACAACAAUUGAAAACUUGAAUACCCUGGAAUUUUCUAUCGCUUAAAAUCCUUAAAUCCUCCAAUUCCUUAAAUUGUGACUUCUAAUAAAGAAUAAAAUUUUAUUGCAAUUGA